AGGACCCACAAAACAAAAAUCAGGAGCAAACUCCGGAUCCAAAAAUUAUCCACCACUGUCUUUUCAGACAAUAAAUCAUUCAUCUUCAUUCUUCUCAAUCACAUUUCAUUCUCUCUGAUCUCAAAACAAACUCAAAAAAACAAAAAAAAUGUCUUUUUUUGGAAGAGGUGGUCGUAGAAACGACAACAACGAUGAAAGUGUAGAUGAUUUCGAUGAAUACGAUCCAACACCAUACGGUGGUGGUUACGACAUUUACCUUACAUACGGUCGUCCAAUUCCACCUUCUGAUGAAACAUGUUAUCCAUCAGGUUCUUCAAAUGAUGAUUUUGAUUAUGAUCGUCCUCAAUUUGAAUCUCAAGCUCAACCUUCUGCUUAUGGUGAUGAAGCUCUUGCUACUGAAUAUAGUAGUUAUUCUAGACCUAAACCUAGACCUGGGUUUCAUGGACCUGGUGCUUCUGGUGCUGGUGCUGGUUAUGGUGGUGGUAGUGGUGGUGGGAGGAAACAGGGAUCUGGGUAUGGUGGUGGUGGAGAUCAGGAGGGUGAAUUUGGAUCUGGGUAUGGUGGGAGGAAGGAGGAAAGUGAAUAUGGGUCUGGUUAUGGUGGUGGAAGGAAGCAAGAUUCUGAAUUUGGAUCUGGGUAUGGUGGUGGGGCCCAGGAAAGUGAAUAUGGGUCUGGUUAUGGUGGGAGGAAGCAAGAAUCUGGAUAUGGGUCUGGAUAUGGUGGGAGGAAGGAGGAGAGUGAAUAUGGGUCAGGGUACGGUGGUGGGAGAAAGGAGGAGAGUGAAUAUGGGUCGGGGUACGGUGGUGGGAGGAAGGAGGAGAGUGAAUAUGGAUCUGGGUAUGGUGGUGGGAGGAAGCAAGAGUAUGGGAGGAAUGAGGAGGAGAAUCAAGGUUAUGGGGGGAGGAAUGAGUAUGAGAGUGGUGGAUCGGAGUAUGGAUCGGGGUAUGGUGGUGGGAGGAAGAAGAGUGGUUAUGGGGAGGAAGAAGGGUAUGGAGGUGGAAGGAGUGAGUAUGAGGCGAAACCUAGCUAUGGGAGGAGUGAGUAUGAGGAGAAGCCUAGCUAUGGAAGGAGGAAUGAUGAUGAUGAGGUGAAACCUAGCUAUGGAAGGAGGAAUGAUGAUGAUGAGGAGAAACCUAGAUAUGGAAGAAGGAAUGACGAUGAUGAGGAGAAACCUAGCUAUGGUUAUGAGCGUCCUGAGAGGCGUGGUGAUGAUGAUGAUGAGGGCUAUGGACGUAAGAAAUAUGGAGGAGAUGAUGGCUCCGAAGAUGAGGAUGGGAGGAAGAAGCAUCACCACAAGAGUCACUAUCGCAAGAGCUAUGAUGACGAGUAAUCAAAAUGGUCGACGUUUCUGUUUUAAUGGAAGUCAUCCCAUAAUUACCUACUAAAUAAAGGGUUGACAAAUAUCAUAUCUUCAUGCUUGUUUGGAGUCUGGACUAUACCAUGAAAUGUUGAGCUUUCAAAACUAUUGGUCUAAAUUAAAUGUAUUGUUGUGCUGUUUGACUUUUCAGUUAUUAUAAUACCCCUAAUGUUUGAGUUGUUGUGUUACACUAUUUCUCUCUGUUUGGUAUUAUUAUAACAUCCAUAAUAUUUGAGUUGUUGUGUUA